AGAGGAGACCGGGAGGAGGGGAGAAGGGACUCCAAGCUCCAAGUCCAUGCAUCUUGAGGCCUCCCCGGCCCCGGAGCCCCCCCGGUGGAGCCGGCCCGGGCUGUGCCUCCCCAAAAUAUGACCAGGGGUGCCUGGAUGUGUCGGCAUUAUGACGACCGCUUGAAGCUCUGGUUGGCUGCGCCCCGGGAGAACGAGAAGCCGUUCAUCGACUCGGAGCGGGCUCAGAAAUGGCGACUCUCGCUGGCGUCCCUCUUGUUUUUCACGGUCCUGCUGUCUGAUCACUUGUGGUUCUGUGCCGAGGCCAAGCUGACCCGGGCCCGGGACAAGGAGCAGCAGCAGCAGCACCAGCAGCAGCAGCAGCAACAGCAGCACCGGCAGCAGCAGCACCACCACCAGCAGCAGCAGCACCGGCAGCAGCAGCAGCACCGGCAGCAGCAGCAGCAGCAGCAGCAACAGCAGCAGCCCGGGCAGCCGGAACCCUCGUGGCCCGCGCUUCUGGCGGGGAUGGAGGGGGCGUCCGCGCCCGGCGCCCCGGCGGCAGCGGCGGCACACAGACUCCUCUCCGCCGCCGCCGCCUCCUCCUCCUCCUCCUCCUCCUCAUCCCCCACCCUGCCCCCCUCCCCCGGAGGCGGCGGCGGCGGCAAGGGCAACCGAGGCAAGAGCACCCGCCGGAGCCAGGCCGGGUUCCCGGGGAACUCGGCCAAGCCCGUGUGGCGCCUGGAGUCGUGCUACCCGCCGGGCAGCUCGGGCCAGUGCUUCACCGUGGACAGCGCGGACUCCGUGUGCGCCCGGAACUGGAGCCGGGGCCCGGCGGGUGCGGGCCGGGCGCAGCCGCCGCCGCCCCCCGGCUGGAACCUGUCGGAUUUUUACCUCUCCUUUUGUAAUUCCUACACACUCUGGGAGUUGUUCUCCGGGCUGUCCAGCCCCAACACCUUGAACUGCAGCCUGGACGUGGCGCUCACCGAGGGCGGGGAGACCACCGCCUGCCGGCAGUGCGUCCAGGCGUACCAAGACUACGACCACCACGCUCAGGAGAAGUACGAGGAGUUCGAAAGCGUGCUGCACAAGUACUUGCAGUCGGACGAGUACUCGGUCAAGUCCUGCCCUGAGGACUGUAAGAUUGUCUACAAAGCCUGGCUCUGUUCCCAGUAUUUUGAAGUCACACAGUUUAACUGCAGAAAGACAAUUCCUUGCAAGCAAUACUGUUUGGAGGUCCAGACGAGGUGUCCGUUUAUAUUGCCCGAUAAUGACGAAGUCAUCUACGGAGGCCUCUCCAGCUUCAUCUGCACAGGGCUCUAUGAACCCUUCUUCACCAAUGCUGAACCCGAAUGCUGUGACGUCAGGAGAGAGGAGCAGCCCAGCCACCCGCGCAGAGCGGCCGCAGGCCGGAGAGACUCGUGUCACAGGACCUCGCUCACGGUGUCCUCGGCCACGAGACUGUGCCAUGGCAGACUCAGACUGUACGUCCUGGUCCUCAUCCUGCUGCACUCCGUGCUCACCGCCUCUGUGGCACUCAACACCACAGGCCUCGGCAUGGGAGGUCUACCCACACUGGAAGAAAACCCGGCCAACGAGGACUGA